GGAACCAACCUUGAUUUGGGCGGGAAUUUUGAACAAAAAUUUUACAUGGAGGGAAAAUUAAAGUAAAAAAAUCAAAAGAAACCCUAAUUCCCAGACGCACCCGCUUCAAAUAUUUUGUACUAUAUAUAGAUAACCCUCUCAUUUCAUCGUCUCCGUCCUGCGCCUUCUCUCUUGCACGAGACCUGCUCGACGAAAUUCCCCAGAGGCAAAAAGCAAAUUCAAGCACAGAAGAAGAAGAAAAUGUACGUGGUUAAGAGAGAUGGGCGGCAGGAGACCGUGCAUUUCGACAAGAUUACGGCACGCUUGAAGAAGCUCAGCUAUGGCCUUAGCACUGACCACUGCGACCCCGUGCUAGUGGCCCAGAAGGUAUGCGCUGGGGUCUACAAGGGCGUCACCACCAGCCAGCUUGAUGAAUUGGCCGCCGAGACUGCGGCUGCUAUGACCGCCAACCACCCUGACUACGCCUGCUUGGCCGCCAGAAUUGUUGUCUCAAAUCUACACAAGAACACUAUGAAAUCGUUUUCAGAGACGAUCAAAAUGAUGUACAACCAUGUGAGUGAGAGAUCUGGGCUGAAAGCCCCUCUGAUAGCUGACGAUGUUUAUGAAAUCAUCAUGAAGAAUGCGGCUUGUCUGGAUAGUGAGAUCAUUUAUGAUCGGGACUUUGACUAUGAUUACUUUGGCUUCAAGACUCUUGAGAGGUCUUACCUCUUAAAGGUUCAAGGCAAGGUUGUGGAAAGACCUCAACACAUGCUAAUGAGGGUUUCUGUUGGGAUUCACAAGGACGAUAUUGAUUCUGUUAUCAAGACAUAUCACCUGAUGUCUCAGCGGUGGUUCACUCAUGCUUCUCCCACCCUCUUCAAUUCUGGAACUCCAAGGCCUCAGUUGAGCAGCUGCUUCCUUGUUUGCAUGAAAGAUGAUAGCAUUGAAGGCAUUUAUGAUACCUUGAAAGAAUGUGCUGUUAUCAGCAAAUCGGCUGGAGGAAUUGGUGUCUCAGUUCAUAACAUCCGUGCCACAGGCAGUUAUAUUCGUGGAACAAAUGGAACCUCCAAUGGCAUUGUUCCAAUGUUGAGAGUUUUUAAUGAUACUGCCCGUUAUGUUGAUCAAGGAGGAGGCAAGAGGAAAGGUGCUUUUGCUGUGUACUUGGAGCCUUGGCAUGCUGAUAUAUUUGAAUUUCUUGAUUUAAGAAAAAAUCAUGGAAAGGAAGAACACCGAGCCCGUGAUCUUUUUUUUGCACUUUGGGUGCCUGAUCUCUUCAUGGAAAGAGUUCAAAAUGAUGGCAGUUGGUCAUUGUUUUGUCCUAAUGAGUCUCCAGGUUUGUCAGAUUGCUGGGGUGAAAAAUUUGAACGGCUGUACACCCGAUAUGAAAGAGAGGGGAAAGCCAAAAAGGUUGUACAGGCACAGCAACUUUGGUUUGAAAUUCUUAAAUCACAGAUAGAAACUGGAACACCCUAUAUGCUUUUUAAGGAUACUUGCAAUAGUAAGAGUAAUCAGCAAAAUCUGGGAACCAUAAAAUCCUCUAACUUGUGUACUGAGAUAAUUGAGUAUUCAAGUCCAACAGAAACUGCUGUAUGCAAUCUGGCAUCAAUUGCACUACCGCGAUACGUGAGGGAGAAGGGCGUCCCUGUGGAGUCACAUCCAUCUAAGCUUGUUGGUAGCAGAGGUUCCAAAAAUAGAUAUUUUGACUUUGAGAAACUAGCAGAGGUAACUGCAAUUGUCACUGCAAACCUCAACAAGAUAAUUGAUGUCAAUUACUAUCCUGUUGAUAGUGCAAAGACAUCAAAUUUGCGACAUAGACCAAUUGGAAUUGGGGUUCAAGGUCUUGCUGAUACCUUCAUUUUGCUUGGCAUGGCCUUUGAUUCACCUGAGGCUCAACAACUGAACAAGGACAUAUUUGAGACCAUAUAUUACCAUGCUCUCAAGGCGUCUUCCAAGUUAGCAGCAAAGGAAGGCCCUUAUGAAACAUAUAGUGGCAGUCCUGUGAGCAAGGGAAUUGUUCAGCCAGACAUGUGGGAUGUGACACCUUCAGAUCGGUGGGAUUGGGGUGCUCUUCGGCAGAUGAUAUCAAUGAAUGGAGUCAGAAAUUCUCUUCUUGUAGCCCCAAUGCCUACUGCUUCAACUAGCCAAAUUUUGGGGAACAAUGAGUGUUUUGAGCCUUAUACUUCGAAUAUAUACAGUCGCAGGGUUUUGAGCGGUGAGUUUGUUGUGGUGAAUAAACAUCUUCUUCAUGACUUAACUGAGAUGGGUCUUUGGUCUCCUGCAAUUAAGAAUAAUAUCAUCUAUGAGGAUGGCUCGGUUCAGAAAAUUCCCGAAAUCCCUGAUGAUCUGAAAGUCAUUUACAGAACUGUUUGGGAGAUCAAGCAAAGGACUUUGGUUGACAUGGCUGUUGAUAGGGGAUGUUACAUAGACCAGAGUCAAAGUCUUAAUAUACAUAUGGACCAACCCAACUUUGGGAAGCUUACUUCAUUGCACUUCUAUGCCUGGACAAAGGGUCUGAAAACAGGGAUGUAUUAUCUGCGGUCUCGUGCAGCAGCUGACGCCAUCAAGUUUACUGUUGAUACUACAAUUCUCAAAGAAAUGCCAGAGGUAGCAGAAGAUGAUGUUGGUACACAGAAGGCACAGAUGGUAUGCUCUCUGACAAACCGGGAGGACUGCAUGUCCUGCGGAAGUUAGUUAAAUGGAGUUUAUGAAUUUAACUUCGAAGUCUGAUAUUUAUGGAGUUUGAAGAGACGACGGAUUAUCGUAGUUUGAGUAUCAAGUCUAAAUGAAGUGAAGAUGCGUGUGUAUAGUUGUAAUACUGCUCCGCAACUUGUUAAAAUGUCUCAUGUAGUCUGUAAAAUUGGACCUUUGAUUCGCAUUAAUGAUUAUUAGCCAUUUUCGUUAUUA